UUCAAAGGUAAUGACUUCAAAGCUGUAGUUUUUGAGUUCAUGGAAAAUGGAAGUUUAGAUGAUUGGUUGCAUCCCAAAGCAAAUGAGCAGUCCAAACCAAAGAAAUUAGACCUUACGGCAAGGUUAGAUAUAGCUAUUGACGUAGCUUAUGCUUUGGAUUAUCUCCACCAUCAAUGUGGCAAACCAAUUGUUCACUGUGAUCUGAAGCCAAGCAACAUUCUUCUGGAUGAUAAUUUUACUGCUCAUGUUGGUGACUUUGGGUUAGCCAAGUUUCUCAAAAAGGUUACCUCUCAGUACUCAACAAGUUCAGCUGGUCUCAGAGGAACUAUCGGGUAUAUUGCUCCAGAGUACGGAAUGGGGAAUGAAGUUUCAACUUGUGGAGAUGUGUAUAGCUAUGGGAUCCUUUUACUGGAAAUGUUUACAGGAAAGAGACCCACUGAUGAUAUGUUUGUAGGAGGUCUUACUCUUCCUAUGUUUGUGAAGAUGGCAUUUCCUGAACAAAUCAUAGAUGUCAUUGACGCUCAUUUGCUCACACCAAGUGAUGAUUUUGAAAGAAUGAAUUAUGCAAGAGCAACCAACUGCAUCGCUUCAAUUCUUCGAAUUGGUAUCUUUUGCUCAAAUGAAUUACCAGCAGAGAGAAUGGAGACAGACAAAAUCAUCAAGGAACUGCAUAUUGUUAGAGAUAUGUUCAUGAGGAAUGGAAAUUAUGGGGAGAGACAGAGAGUACAGCAGAGUGGUGAAGGAUCGGCAUUGUCUGCUCGAGCAAACUACUGUAGAGGAAUGGAGAUAGAGAAUGUAUUGAAGCAGACAAAUGGUAUCAGGAACAUAGAGAUUUAUAGCGACAAUAAGAGAGAUGAACUUGUUUUUAUAUAUGUUCUCAUAGCGGUUUCUUUGUAAUCAGUAGGUUUGGAAUGUUUGGAAGUAUACCUUUAUCUAUUAUUCUAAAUCUUUUUCCGGUUGU